UAUGUUAAUUAUCCCAGAAUUGGAACAUUGUGAAUCUUCGCAUUCUGUUGUCUUUCAAUUAGUUUUUGCUAUAACUAAAGGAUUAUUAAUGUUGUUUGGUUGUUUUUUGGCUUGGGAAACUAGAGCAGUUAAUGUGCCUGCUUUAAAUGAUAGUAAAUAUAUUGGGAUUGCUGUAUAUGCUAUUGUGGUUAUGUGUGCAGUUGGCUUAGCUUUAGCACUUAUUUUACAGGAUCAUUUAAACGAAGCAUUUGGUUUAAUUAGUAUUUUUAUAAUUUUUGGGACAACUUUAACUCUUUGUUUGGUUUUUGUUCCAAAAAUUGUCGAAUUAUGGAAAACACCAAAAAAUGCUUGUGAACAACAAAAACAUCAAAGGAAAGGAAUGAUGAAAAGUGUUGUUGGUGGAAAGAAUAAUUCUUUAAUUAAUUCGAAACGUUCUGCUGGUGGAACAACAACAAAAAGAAAUUCUACAACAACACAAGAAGGUUUACAUAGACAAUUAUCUUUAAUUUCCCCUGAAGAAAUGUUGAGGAGAAGUGGCCUUUUAGAAGUAGAAAAUUUGAGGUUACAUCAAACACUUGUUGAGAAAUCUAACCAACUCAAAGAAUUACUUGAAAAAGUAAAAGAACUUGCUGAACAACUUGGAGAAAUUGAAGACGAAAAAAUUUUGAUAGAAGAAAAACAACAACAAAAAAAUGUUAAAAAAUCUCCUAUUCAUUUGGGUAUUCCACAAGAGGAAGAAGAAAACAAUGAAAAUACAAAAAGAAGAUUAUCAGCAAGAACUUUAACUGCAGUAGUUCAACAAUUUAGGUUGAGGAGAACAAAAACAAGUAGUUGUUUAGAAUAG